UCACUUUGUUGGAAUAAAACCCAAACACACACACAUUACACGAAAGUAAAAGUGCUCAGCCUUCAGAGGCGCUGUGCCCUGUACGUACUUGACGCAAAGAAUAAGGAAUCUAGUCAUGUUGAAUUUUGCCUACUCGACUACAAAAAUAAGCGCAAAUUUUGUGGAAGUUCAUGGUUAAACAGGGUGUGGUGCCGAUAUAUAAUGAAAACAAUUUUUGCCAGUGGGCACUGUGCGACUGCAAUAUCUUCGUAAAAAUGUUCUUAAAACUGACAAUAACCGCUUGCUGUUUGGCGAUAUCCCUUGGGGCAACCUAUAACGGACCCCUAGCCGGAGGACAACCAGCAGCCCUCUUCCCUGCAGGAGUUGACCCCAAAGCGUGUCCCAACUUCCCACAAUGCUCCAACCCGUCAGUAGCAGUCAAUCAAAUACCUGAACAAUCGCAAUACGCUCCUGUUCAAUUCCCCCAAACCAAUCAAUACUCGCAACCCGCUCAGUACUCACAACCUCAACCUGUUCAAUAUCAACAACCCGCUCAGUACCAACAACCCGCUCAGUACCAACAACCCGCUCAGUACCAAGAACCCGCUCAGUACCAACAACCCGCUCAGUACCAACAACCUGCCCAAUACCAACAACCUGCCCAAUUCGCCCCAACCAGACACACACAGACUCCAUCUGGACCUGCUCAAUAUACUUCUGAAGUGCAAAAUGCUUUAGAUAGAGGAGACUACAUUGGAGAUGGAGAUUAUCAUGGAGAAGGUCUCGCAGAAUCUUUGGCUCCUGGAUAUGAUGCUCCCCAGCAACAGCAACAACAACAACAACAACAACAGCAACAACCAGCUUUCGCUCCACAACCUUCAUACAAUCCAAACCCAGCAAGCCAGUACAACCCUGCAGUAGCAGCAGGUCAAUUCAGAUACAGCCAAGCUGGAAGUCAUGGUCAACCUGCCCAAAUUCCUGCUGGUGUAGAUCCUGCAUCUUGUCCAAAUUAUCCAUUCUGCGGUUAGAAACGUAAAGAAGAACACACCAGAUUAUACCAUGUCUAUUGAGCGUUAAAAUAUUUUUUUCCAUGUAGCAUUGAGCGAAAAAUAUGUCAUCUUUUUUGCCGAAAAUCACCUCAAACGCUAGUGAUAAACAUAUUUGCGUUCAACUUUUACAAUAAAUAUCACUGUAAUUAUAUUUACGCUCUUCUUCCAUAGUAGCAAUAGAUACACAUUUUUGUCGCUUUUUCUCAUUUGUAGCUAGCGAUAAACGCUUAUUUUGUAUCACUAAGCGAAAACGUAUCUUCUAUUGUAUUUUGUGACAAUAUACUUAACGCUUUUGUAUUUUACUGCAAUUUUUAACUUUAGUUAUUUUGUGAUCAGAUCAUCCCUUAUCUUACCAACUGAUUCCAUAUGUAACAAAAUUGUUUUAUAAAGAUAAGGCGAUGAAAUAUAUUUUUUAUUUAUGUGUAAUUUAUUUUAUUGUAAAUAAAAUGUUUACCAACUGUGGUACAAAGGAA